UUUUCAAAUACUGUCCGCACCAGGCGCUGCCGUGGAUCCCCCGGCGUCCGGACCAGGCCCACAGGGGCUUCUGCCGGCUCCCCCCCGCCUUCCGAGCCACACAGGAUGAGUUUGCAGAAGAGAAUCUUCCCUCGAAGGGGGACCGGGACUCGCGAAGGGGCGGCUAAGCCCAGUCCUGUCGCCGCCCGUCCGCCACGGGCCCGAGAUCAGGAGAGGAAGAAGGCCAGCUUCACGUCCUCCCUGAGGAUGGAGCUGCACAGCCGUUCUGCUCGGAGCAGAAAGUCCACAAAAUUCCGGUCCAUCUCCCGGUCCCUGAUCCUCUGCCACGCGAAGACCAGUGACGACGGCUCCAGCCCCGACGAGCGGCACCCGGACCCCUUUGAGAUGUCGCUGGGCCAGGGCAAGGAGGGGCUGUUCCACACGCCCCCGCCGCUGGCGGACACGCCCCCCGGGGCCGGGGCUCCGCAGGUGGCCGGCAGCGAGCGCAGCAAGCCCUGCAGGAAGACGUUCUUCCUCAAGGAAGCUUCUACAACUUCCUCUCGAGAGAAGCCCGGAAAACUCGAAGCACAGAGUAGUAACUUCCUGCUCCCCAGGGUCUGUCACCAAAGGACGCGCAGCAACUCCACCAGUGUCAACCCCUACUGCACGGCCGGGGCGGACUUCCCGGGGGCCGGGAAGACGGCCAGUGCCACGGACAGGCCGCCGUACUCGCUCUGCAGCAGCAGGAAGUCCCUGUCCCAGCAGCUGGACUGUCCCGCGGGGAAGGCGGGGGGCGCCCCCGGGCCCACGCGGUCCCUGAGCACAGCCCAGCUCCUGCAGCCGUCGGGGGGCCUCCACGCCUCAGUCAUCUCCAACGUCGUGCUGAUGAAGGGCCAGGCCAAGGGCCUGGGCUUCAGCAUCGUGGGGGGAAAGGACAGCAUUUACGGCCCCAUCGGCAUUUACGUCAAAACCAUCUUCGCGGGGGGAGCUGCAGCUGCCGACGGGCGGCUACAAGAAGGUGACGAAAUUCUGGAACUCAACGGGGACUCGAUGGCGGGGCUGACCCAUCAGGAUGCUUUGCAGAAGUUCAAGCAAGCCAAGAAGGGGCUGCUCACCCUCACGGUCAGGACCCGCCUGACGGCCCCGCACUCCCUGAGCGGCCACCUGUCGCCCCCGCUGUGCUGCUCCCUGAGCUCCAGCGCCUGCGCCGCCGCGGACAGCAGCUCGUUCCUCGCGGACGGCGCCGAGGCCCCCGCCGGCAGCCCCAGGCCCAGCUACAGGGUCCUGGUGGAGGUGUCCCUGACGAAAGAGGCCGGCGUCGGGCUGGGCAUCGGCCUGUGCAGCGUGCCCUGCGUCCAGUGCAUCUCGGGCAUCUUCGUCCACACGCUCUCGCCGGGAUCCGUGGCGCAUCUGGACGGACGCCUCCGGUGUGGCGAUGAGAUUGUGGAAAUCAACGACUCCCCCGUGCACUGCAUGACACUCAACGACGUCUACGCGGUCCUGAGCCACUGUAGCCCCGGGCCCGUCCCCAUCAUUGUCAGCCGGCAUCCAGACCCACAGGUGUCUGAACAGCAGCUCAAAGAGGCUGUGGCCCAGGCGGUGGAGACCCUCAGGUUUGGAAAGGAGAGGCAUCAAUGGAGUCUGGAAGGAGCCAAAAGGCUGGAGAGCAGCUGGCACGGGCGGCCCGCCGGCGAGAAGGAGAGCUCGGCGCCCCCACAGCGCAGGGCGCAGAAGGUCGUGAUCCGCUCCAGCAGUGACAGCAGCCACGCCUCUGGGUCCCCCGCGGGGAGUCCCGGCCGCGGGGGAGAGCAGCCGCCCCGGGACCUGGAAGGCGGCACAGGCAGCCCCACUGUGUCCCUGAGGCCAGAAGCCAGGUCCCCCCAGGACAGCCCGCCGCUCCCUGAGAAACAGGAUAACCACCCGCCCCUGAGACUGAAGAAAUCGUUUGAGAUUUUCGUGAGAAAGCCAUCCUCCUCCAAGCCCAAACCCCCACCCAGAAAAUACUUCAAAAGUGACAGCGACCCGCAGAAGCGUCUGGAGGACGGCGCCGAGGGCCCGUUCCUGGAAGCCAGAGAGCUGCUGCCACCACUGCCAGCGCAGGAAGUCACAGAAGCAGGAAUCCCCUGUGCCACUGCCUGCGGCCCAGAACCCGCCGCCGGCCUGCAGACAGCGUCCCCCGCAGAGGCUGAGCCGGGGAGGACAGAAGGCAGUCCAGGGACCGAGCCGCCUGCAGCCAGGCACCCCGUGCUGAAGAGGCAGGCGCGGGUGGACUGCGGCCUCGACGGCCCGGCCGAGGACCCCUGGGUCAGGAUCUCCGACUGCAUCAAGAGCCUGUUCAGCCCCAUCAUGAGCGAGAGCCACGACCACACGCCACUCCAGCCCACCGCCAGCCUUGCUGAGGACGCGGGGCAGGGCCCCCCAGACGGGAUCUCCCCAAAGCUAGACCCCAGCAACGCUAUUCCCAAAGGUUAUAAGUCAGCAGACAACAGCAUUGUGAAGAAGGGGCCUCCCGUGGCCCCCAAGCCUGCCUGGUUUCGCCAAAGCUUGAAAGAGUUGAGGCAUCUCGGUCCAGACCCCAGGCAGCUGCCUGCCGCUGCCUCCACAAAGCCCACGCCGGCCCCCAGGGAGCGCCUGGGGCCACAUGCGCGGGCCGCCAGCUCCAUCAGGCAGCGAAUUAGCUCCUUCGAGACCUUUAGCUCCUCUCAGCUGCCGGACAGAGGAGCUCAGAGACCGAGCCUCCAGUCGCCCAGCCCCUCCGCAGAGGCAGCGAGGCCUCCAGGGAAGCAGGCGGGAGGCCGGGGGCCUGGCCUCCUGGAGUGGGGAGCUUCUCCCACUGGUGAGCAGCUGCAGCCUCGGCAAGGGCCGCUGUCCCCCGGCUCCCUAGUGGCCUCAGACGCCAGUGACCUGGGUGUGUCGGGGACCCCGCCCGCUGAGCAAGCCCUGGGCCCCGACCCUCUCCUGAGCCUGCUGCCCGCGCAGCCUGCAGAGCCCCAGGGCACUGUGGUCAAGGUGCCAAGCCAGCGGGCACGCAGCUUCCCGCUGACCAGGACGCGGUCCUGCGAGGUGCAGCUGCUGGACGACAGGACCUGCAGGCUCUACGACAUCAGCAGCCAGGUGUCCUCAGCCGUCAUGAAGUCCCUGCUGUGCCUGCCCUCCUCGGUCUCCGCCGGCCAGACCCCCUGCAGCCCCGAGGAAGGGCCGCCCACAGGGCCCCUGCCCGGCCAAGACCCCGCUGCCGGCAGCGCCGACACAGGGUUCUCGCUCAACCUCUCGGAGCUGAGAGAAUACACGGAGGGUCUCGGCGAGCCCACAGAAGCCACCGGCGGAGCCCCCACGUCCAGCCAGUCGGUCAUCUCCCUGCUGAGCUCGGAGGAGUUGAAGCAGCUCAUUGAGGAAGUGAAGGUUCUGGAUGAAGCGACGUUAAAGCAACUGGACAGUAUCCACGUCACCGUCUUGCACAAGGAGGAGGGAGCUGGCCUUGGCUUCAGCUUGGCCGGGGGCUCCGAUCUAGAGAACAAGGUGAUCACGGUUCACAGAGUGUUCCCCAACGGCCUGGCCUCCCAAGAGGGGACUAUUCAGAAGGGCAACGAGGUUCUUUCCAUCAACGGCAAAUCCCUCAAAGGGGCCACCCACAACGAUGCACUGGCCAUCCUCCGCCAAGCUCGGGACCCCAGGCAAGCAGUGAUCGUCACCAGGAAGCCAACGCUGGAGGCCACGCCUGACCUGAGCUCCUCCGCGGACUCUGCGGCCUCAGCCACUGGGGCCAGCGAUGCCGCCACGGAAUCCACAGAGGCCACCGUCCACACGGUGACACUGGAGAAGACCUCGGCAGGGCUGGGCUUCAGCCUGGAAGGAGGGAAGGGCUCCCUGCACGGGGACAAGCCCCUCACCGUUAACCGGAUUUUCAAAGGGGCAGCCUCAGGACAGCCUGAGACAGUCCAGCCGGGAGACGAGAUCCUCCAGCUGGCCGGCACGGCCGUGCAGGGCCUCACGCGCUUCGAAGCCUGGAAUGUCAUCAAAGCGCUACCCGAUGGACCAGUCGCGGUUCUCAUCAGGAGGAAAAGCCCGCAGUCUGAGGGGGCCCCCGCCGGAGGGAACCCCUAGGCAGAGCGCAGACACCAGAGCCAACGGCACACGAAUUCUCAGGGUCACUGCCAGCCCCA